UAUUAUUAGAUGAACAAAAUCUCUGGUUCUAAUCAAACUAGAGUUUUAAAACUCAAAAGCUUAUAAAAGAGAUCGAUCGGUGUGUAUGAUGAUUAGGGUUUUUAUUAAGUUAAUAACUCUUGUUAUUAUUCAAAUCAACCAUGGAAAUGAAGCUUCAAAUCUUAAAGAUGAAAAUUUUGAAUGUCUUCUUUCUCGAGAUGAGCUCUAUAGAACUGGCUAUCAUUUUCAACCCCCCAAAAAUUGGAUGAACGGUUUGUUUUCUUCUCACUAUUCUAGAAUUUUUUUUUCUAAAUUUCAAUGUCAUUUUUGAAAAAAAAAGAUGAAACUUUUAUUUUCUCAUUCUCUAAUAUUUGAUAUAAUCUUUGUUCUUUUUUAUUCUUCUUUAAUUCAUUUUUCACGUGGUUGAAAAAAAUGGACGGAUGGAUGAUGAUUAUCCAUACAUAUAUCUUCAGAUCCUAAUGGACCAAUGUACUACAAUGGAAUAUAUCAUUUAUUCUAUCAAUACAAUCCCUAUGGUCCUUUAUGGGGUAACAUAACAUGGGCACAUUCAGUUUCAUACAAUCUUAUCGAUUGGAUUCACCUCGACAUAGCCUUAUCCCCAACUGAUCCUAAUCUCGAUAUCAUCGGUUGUUGGUCUGGCUCAACAACCUUGCUCCCGGGCAACAAGCCAGCUAUUUUAUACACCGGCGGUGAUUCCAAAAAUCGCCAAGUCCAAAACCUAGCCUUACCCAAAAACCUCUCAGACCCUUUUCUCAUAGAAUGGAUAAAAUCUCCACUCAACCCUUUACUGACUCCGAUCGAUGAUAUUGACCCGAGUUCUUUUAGGGACCCUACAACUGCUUGGCGGGGCCCUGACAACAUAUGGAGGGUCACAAUUGGAGCUCGAAUCAAUGGAUUUGGGGUUGCAUUACUUUACAAGAGUAGUGACUUUUUGAAGUGGACAAGGUUUGAGACUCCACUUUACUUGUCUAAGAAAAAUAGUGUAAUGUGGGAGUGUCUUGAUUUUUUCCCUAUUGGAAUUAAGGGCUCAGAUGGUGACAAUCAUUACUUGAAUCAAGAUCAAUUUAAGAAGAAAUAUGUUUUAAAAGCAAGCUUCCAAUUUAUUAGUAGAGAGUACUAUAUACUUGGUGAGUAUUCUCCUAAAACUGAGGAGUUUAAGGUUGAGAGUGAAUUUAUGGAUCAAAAUUGUGAUUUGAGAUUAGAUUAUGGAAAGUUUUAUGCUUCGAAAUCGUUUUAUGAUUCACAAAAAAUGAGAAGAGUUUUAUGGGGUUGGGUCAACGAGUCAUAUAGCGAAACUGAUGCCUCAAAAUGGUUCGGGCUUCAGUCUUUUCCUAGAAGUAUUCUUCUUAGUAAGAGUGGGAGACAGCUAGUACAAUGGCCAAUAGAAGAAAUUGAAAAAUUACGAAGUGAUGAUGAGAAAGUUAGUCUUCAAAACAAAGAGCUUCGCAGUGAUUCACUCUUUGAAAUUUCUGGUGUCACUGCUUCACAGGCGGAUGUGGAAGUUUCAUUUGAAGUAACUGAGUUAGAAGAGACCGAGUUAAUGGACCCGAGUUGGGUUGAUCCCCAACUACUUUGUGAUGAGAAAAAUGCAAGUGUAAGAGGAAAAAUUGGAGCUUUUGGUUUGUUGGUUUUGGCUUCGAAUGACUUAUCUGAACAAACUGCAAUUUUCUUUCGCAUAUUCAAAACCAAUAACAAUAAGAGUGAGAAGAAGAAGUAUGUUGUUCUAAUGUGUAGUGAUCAAAGCAAGUCUUCGUUGAGGAAUGAUCUUGACAAAACUACAUAUGGAGCCUUCCAAGAUAUCGAUCCUCUUCAUGAGAAAAUAACACUAAGAACUUUGAUUGAUCAUUCAAUUGUAGAGAGUUUUGGUGGUGAAGGAAUGAGUUGCAUUACAACUAGGGUUUAUCCAAUAUUGGCAAUUAACAAAGGAGCCCAUUUAUAUGUAUUCAACAAUGGAACAAAUAGUGUUAAACUCUCAAAGCUUAAUGCUUGGAGUUUGAGAAAUGCUCGAUUUUUUUUCAUGGAAAGGAGAAGGACAUUAGUAAGACCUCUUUUUUCAUCACUUUAUUUGAGGAUAUAUAUAGUUUGUUGUUCUAUUUUUCUAAGACAUUUCGUUAUAUUCGCAUAUUCAUCGUACGAUUAGUAUAAUUGUGCGUGAAUUAUAACUUUCUACACUCACGGCGAACUAGCUAGUUUUGGAUGGAUGAUUUUUUAUUUUAUCUUUCUUUGAUAUAUUAUACAUUCACUAAGAGAAAUAACUAUUUUUAGUGACAAAUUUUUAGUCAUAAUAUAAUUUUUUUGUAACUAAAUGUGACUUUUAGUCACAACAAAAAGUUACUUAUGAUUAAAAUAUAAUAUUUAAAUACAUGUUGUCACUAAUUUACUUUUAGUCACAAUAAGUAUUGUGACUAAAAAUACAUUAUUUAGUCACAACAAAUUGUAAUUAAAAAUAUUCAUUUUAACAGCCUUUACUAAAAAUAUUAAAAAUAUUAUAUGUGUGUAUAUUAUAAUAUCAAAUGUAAAUUUCUCUAUGUAUGAUAUUGUGACAGCAGUGUCAUGUGACUUACAAGAAAAAAGACAAGGAGCUGUAUAAUUUUACAUUGCUUGGAGAAGGUUAAAUGUGAUAAUUCUUAAACUAGGUAAGUAUAAGACUACACAGGGUAAGGGGACUUAAAUGAAUUGAUUAAUAGUACAUAUAUUAACAAAAUCCAUCUUCUGAUGCCAUGGAAUUGAAGCUAAUUAUUCAAAUCCUAAUAAUGGUGAACAACCUUAUAGAACUGGCUAUCAUUUUCAAUCUCAAAAAAAUUGGAUGAAUGGUUCUCUUCUCUCUCUCUUCUCUUAUUUUCAUUAUUUGAAUCAUUUUUCUGUUUUUUUGGCUUCAAUUUCAUGUCCUUUGAAAUUUGAAACAUGAUUGACUGGCUUCAAUAUAUAUCAGAUCCUAAUGGUAUGUUUUUUACUAAUAACUCAAUUCUUCAUCUAUGUUUGUUUUCUCUUCAAGUGAAAUUCUUACACACUUUAGUUGAUUAAGUUGAAACAUUUAAUGACUGAAAAUACACAAUAAUCCAUCUGAAAUUAUAUAGAAAAGUUUUGGUUCUUUGAGAAUUUCAUUUGUACUAUCAAAAAAGGUUUAGAUUUUCAUGUGAAUUUGAACUAGAAACAUUUAAUG